AAAAUGUGUGACUUUUCACAUUUAUCAACACAAAGUGUUUUAAAAAGUUCACAUUUAAUUAAAAAUUACAAAACAAAAUCUAAUCUAAAAUAAAACAUAAAAAAAACAAAAAUGUGUCCAAUAUAAUUAAGAAAGGAAUAAGCACUUUGACUUCACUUUUGCCACACAAAAUGUAAAUGUACUGUAAUUUAAUCUAAUUCCUAAUUAAAAAAAUAUAGAUUUGGCAGAGGUUUCCACCAGUAUCUUAUUUCAUUUUCUGUAAUUCCAGCUUAAUAUGUGUCAGUUAUCAUUUCCAUAUUUGCAUGAAUGUUUCCCUCUAAGCUUGUCUUAGAAACAAAUGCUUAGAGUAACAUUGUUUUAUUUCAUAAAGUCUCUUUUUUUAUAUCUGGUAUACUUUCUUAAUAAUAAAAAAAUAAGCUGAAAACCUUUUUUUUGAGUACCAUUUUAGAAAAAAAGAAAAAAAAAAUAGCCAUUGUAUCUCACCAUAUGUAAAAAAAAAGGAAAUAAAAAAAAUCCCUACACUUCUUUUAAAUGAGAAAAUAUUUUCUCCAUUUCAUUUCCCAUGUGUUUAAACGUGAAGUAUUGCAUGUGGGAGUCAUCAACAGUUUCCCUUUGAGCAAUUUUACCUAACUGUAACUUUAUUUACUCUUGUGAUUGCCAAUAAAAACCCCUCCAAUUAAAUUUUCUUUUUAUUUCUUCCUCUGUAUCACAAAUUCUCCUAACAGCUUGUACCUUUUCAUGAGGGUGUUGGUGGAGAAAAUAUUUUUCCGUCUAUUGCUGCCAAAAGUCUCAGGGCAAUAUUUGUUGUUUCCACAGAAAAGUUGACAGCUUCAAAGAAAUCCUCAUCAAGGGCAAAGUGUCUGCAUAAAGAAGAUAAGACUCUAUCCUUUGGAGGCAGAUCAGCAUCAUGGCUGCUUAUGGACAGACUCAGUACAGCCCCGCGUUGCAGCCAGCAGGACCGUACGCGCCGUACAGCCACCACACACCCGGCUACGGUGUGCCAUCCUACAACAUUAAAACAGAGGACGGUUUGAGCCAUUCUCCAGGACAAACAGGACUACUGGGCUACACCAACUUCAGCGGCACACCACCCAGCCAAAGCCUCUACAGCUAUUCUCACACACAUGGUGGUGGUAUUUCAUCUGGAAUUUUUCAAGGCACUCAUGCAAUAUCGAGUUCAACCCCAUUCAACCCCACACAGCAAGAGUUUUCAUCGUAUUCAAGCUAUGCUCAGAGUCAGUACUCUCCAUAUUAUAAUUCCCAUCACUACAACAGCCCGUACCUGGCCGGGAGCAACAUCAGCCCUCCAGCUAUCACUGCUCCUUUAGCCUAUCAGCACCCAGAACAUCCUGCCAUGAUGUCUAAUCACAGCCCAGAGUCACACAUAGGAGAGUACCACCCGCCACCCAGCCCCCCAACACCUGGUAAAGAGGAGGGGGUUCCAACUCGAAGAGGGUCCGAUGGCAAGUUGAGAGGAAGAAAAAGAGUCAGCGACCCCGCUCCUCCUUUGGACUCUGAUAUCGAGCGAGUGUUUAUCUGGGAUCUGGAUGAAACUAUCAUCAUUUUUCACUCACUCCUCACGGGAACUUUCUCCUCGCGAUUUGGCAAGGACUCGUCAAAGGCUGUCUCUCUGGGUUUGUGGAUGGAAGAAAUGAUCUUUAAUCUGGCUGAUUUGAGACUCUUCUUCAAUGACUUAGAGGAAUGUGACCAGGUUCAUAUUGAUGACGUGGCAUCAGACGACAAUGGACAGGACCUUAGCACUUACAACUUUGGAUCGGAUGGCUUCCAGAGUCCAGCAGGAGCAGGCUCCUUGUGUUUGGGGUCAGGGGUCCAUGGGGGCGUGGACUGGAUGAGGAAACUGGCUUUCCGAUACCGUAGAGUCAAGGAGAUCUACAACACAUACAAGAAUAACGUUGGAGGUUUACUAGGAAGCCCCAAGAGAGAGGAGUGGUUACAGCUGAGGAGGGAGAUGGAAGUCCUGACUGACCUGUGGCUGACUCAUGCUCUCAAGGCCUUGGCUCUCAUCACUUCACGGCCGAACUGUGUGAACGUGUUGGUGACCACCACUCAGCUCAUCCCUGCCCUCUCCAAGGUUUUACUGUACGGUCUUGGUUCAGCUUUUCCCAUUGAGAACAUUUACAGUGCCACCAAGACAGGGAAGGAGAGCUGUUUUGAGCGUGUAACUCAGAGGUUUGGGAGGAGAGCGGUCUAUGUGGUGAUAGGAGAUGGAGCAGAAGAGGAGACCGUGGCCAAGAAGAAAAACAUGCCUUUCUGGAGGGUGUCGUGUCGGGCUGAUUUGGAAGCGUUGAGCCAUGCACUGGAGCUUGACUACCUCUAGAGGGCGCCAGCGAUCAAGAUCUUAAACGUCUUGGCUCUGUGGGCAGACUGUUACACCAAAGCCAAAAGAAGUUUUUUGCUUUAUAAAUCUUGUCUUCAUUCUGACGAAGUGAAGCUGGAAGUGCAGGACCAAAACAAGAGACCAAAAACAAGUGACUGUAAAUUUUUUGAUUAACUCCAGGGAACCGAUGCUAGUACUGCGAGUAUUACCUGCUCAUGUUCAGAUAUUUUUAGAUUUAUGGUAGUAUCCCAUGUAGAUUAAGACCAAAGCACUGAAUUCAAAUUCAGAUAUCCUCUUUGCUAGCCUCGGAUGGAUGAGGUCUUGGGCUUGUUCUUACACUUUAUGCUCCUCUGUUAAUUUGAUUUGUUUGAAGAUGCAGAAGGUUUUUAUCUGGCCAAUGUUAUUUUUCUGAUAAAAUUAGAAAAAAAAAAACUAGAAAAAACUUGUUAGCAAGAAAGUGAACCCAACUACAUUUUAGGCUACGGUCACACAUUCUGAAAUACCACAGAGAGGUGACAUAAAUGCAGAUUUUUCAGUAAAUUUGGUGCCGUGGCUAUGGAGGUUUUAAGAAAAAGCUAAAAUUUUACGGCGACCGGACGAUUUUUUUCUCUAAAAGUCGACAUCGAUCAGGGGUAUGUAAAAAUGGGCCAUUCUGUACCCCUGACGACCAUCUACAUUCAUGACCAAACCAACCACUUUAAAAAAAAUAGGCGAACAAUUCUACCUAUGCCUCCCCAUCGCGCGGUAGUAGUUGUAUUUUAUUGCAUUAGUCAGAUUAACAUCAAGUUAUUCUAUACAGAGAUAGGCUAUUUAAAAUAGUCUGUAUUUUGCCAAUGGGGACUAUUUAUUAUUGUUUCAGUUGUACAACACUCUGAAAAAAUAUGAAACAUCUUUGUGGAAAAAUGUCUUCUUUAAAAACCAGAUGUGCUCUUUUAAAAACCUUUUGAUAAGAAAUUGCCUUACAAAUCCUGUAUUAUAGUCCAGUGCUUGAAUCGUCUCUUCUGAUUUUGGGUUGUGCAUUGUUUUCUUUGAUUUUUCUUUAGUCUCUCAUUAACCUGUUUGUAAAAUAGUUCGAGUGGAAUGGUUGUGCAUGUGGCGAUCACUCUGCCUGUCAGCUUUGCUAUGAUUUGUAUAUAAGCUUUAUUGUUGAUUAUGUUUUGACAGACAGUUACGGUAGAUUAAUAAAAAAUAAAUUAAUUUGCAUUUUG